CGCAAGUCAAAAUUCAAUCCAAACCAAGAAAAGCGUGAAUAUGAUUCGGACAAGAUGUGCCCGAACCGUUACUACUGGGACCACCAUGUCGUCAAAAUUUUCUUCAUCUGUUGUGCAUUACCACUAAUUCUAGCUCUACCAAGUUUGAUAUCUACCAUUAUUACAGAACUGGAGUUCUAUCAAAAUUCGGUAGCAAACGUGAUCUGCAUUCUUAUACUGGAUCUCACC